CUGGGAUUACCAAUCACCAGUCGCAAUCAGCAGUUCGUCCGGGCUACAAUGCUUGUUUUAAUUUCGGCGAUUUCAAUUAUUCUCAGUUCAUCUGUUAGCAGUGAACCGGCAAACAAAUUUGAAACCACAUGGGGUUGCUUACAGUACAAUACGGAUCAUGGCUACAAGCAUGCACACCCGUAUUAUCCUAUUAGUCGUUUUCGAAACUUGAAUGAAACCAAGGAUGGUGUCAAAACCUUCAGGAUGGGUGUUCUUGGCCCUAAUGAUGGACAUUUGCGUAUAGCCCCAAAUAUGUAUCCUUACGAUAAAACCGAAAUGAAUGAGAUCGUUCUAUCCGGAUGGGGAAACACCAAAACUGUUGUUCGUCAUUAUACACGAAAUUCACCUCAGGAACAGAUUAGUGAGGUUGUGCUCCGAGAGCAAUCUAGCAUUGGAAUGCUGUCGUACUUCAAGCCACUAAUGUUCACCGUCGCCAUUCACCCUGAAGGAUUGGUGCAACUCACAAAGGAUGAGGAUUCUCGGCCGUUUUUAGAAUAUCGAGAUUCAAAGGUGGCGGCAAACUAUAUUGGGUUCUGCAAUUGGGACAAACCGUUGGUGUUCUUCUACGACUGUCCACUGGAGCUGGAUCAAAGAGCUUGCGAAGGAAUAGUGUUCCGAAAGUAGUGAGAUUUCGCUGGUAGUUUAUCAUUUUUUUUCUCGCCAUUUGAAAUAGUAUAACGCUGUUGGAAAUAUAUAACGCCUCAAUUACCUCUUUGUAACGCAUGUUUUAUUAAAUUUUAAACAUUUCUAGUUAUUUCAGGAAUGAGAACGUAUGUCGCAAGAGAGAGGUUACUCAACAUGUUCUGACUAGACAAAGUGAAAGCGUCAAGACGGGUUAAUUUUCAUCUUAUCACUACAGAACGCAAGUGUUCAAUACUUAUGGGUCCGUAAUACUAUGGGUCUCCGGGCCGUCUAUGAAAGUUUGUUUUUGGAGCGAAGCCUUUCGGCACAUUUUAUGUAAGUGAAAGGCAGAAAUGCAAAAAAAAAACAAUCUGACCACAAAAGUUUUUGUACUGAACGGCUUUCAUAUCGGCACCAAUUCAAGUAUCAUUAUACUGCUUUAACCUUAUUAUGUAUAUAAUGACGUAUGCAUAUAAUCAGUUCUGAAUGGCAUCUUCCAUCUAUAAUCAAUACUCUCAAGCUAUUCUACACGAUGCUGGGAUUACCCAUCGCCAGUCGUAAUCAGCAACUCAUCCAGGCUACAAUGUUUGUUUUAAUUUCGGCGAUUUCAAUUAUUCUCAGUUCAUCUGUUAGCAGUGAAUCGGCAAACAAAUUUGAAAUACAAUACGAAUCAUGGCUACAAGCAUACACACCCGUAUUAUCCCAUAAGCCGUUUUCGACACUUAAAAGAAACUAAGGAUGGUGUCAAAACCUUCCGGAUGGGUGUUCUAGGCCCCAAUGAUGGACAUUUGCG